CCGGAUGGUGGCGUCGUUCACAGAAUGUGCGUCAUUUCCGUUGUCAGGUGGUGCUGCUAUGGAAAGAUGUGAUCAGUGAGGAUUUUCCUGGUUGUUCAUUUCAGUAAUACUAAAACAACUUCAGAAUUUUUAAAAGGCACAGGUUUUGUGUUUUGUAAAAGGAAAUCUCUUGCACCCAGUCUGAACGUAGAACAGAAACGGAAUGUCUGGAUUGUAGAGGACGGUUUUGUUUUUUGUUUUUUUCCGGCUGCAUAUUUGGCACAAGAACUGAAAGAGGAUGUUAAAACGAAGGGGAACGGACAGAGGAGCUGGGGAAACCUCAAGCAGAGCAGCUAAAGUUCUUUGUACUGGGAUAGCCGGAAACAAUGCCAAGAGAGCUGGACCCUUUAUACUAGGACACCGUUUAGGUAACUCGCCUGUGCCAAGUAUAGUUCAGUGUUUGGCAAGAAAAGAUGGCACAGAUGACUUUUAUCAGUUAAAGAUCCUCACCUUAGAAGAAAGGGGUGAAAAGGGAGCAGAAACCCAAGAGGAACGCCAAGGAAAGAUGCUGCUGCAUACAGAGUACUCCCUGCUGUCUUUGCUUCACGAUCAGGAUGGUGUGGUCCAUCAUCAUGGCCUCUUCCAGGACCGAGCCUACGAGAUUGUAGAAGAUCACGAAGCCAACAAGCUGGUCCGGAAAAUGAAGAAGAGGAUCUGUUUAGUUUUGGAUUGUCUUUGUGCUCACGAUUUUAGCGACAAAACAGCAGACCUCAUUAACCUCCAGCAUUAUGUUAUAAAAGAGAAGAGGCUAAGUGAGAGGGAAACUAUUGUAAUAUUCUAUGACGUGGCACGAGUUGUGGAAGCUUUGCAUAAGAAAAAUAUUGUGCACAGGGACUUGAAGCUGGGAAACAUGGUGCUAAAUAAAAGGACUCACAGAAUAACAAUCACCAAUUUCUGCUUGGGGAAACACCUGGUUAGUGAGGACGACCUUCUCAAAGACCAGCGGGGAAGCCCUGCAUAUAUCAGCCCAGAUGUCCUCAGUGGUCGGCCAUACCGUGGGAAGCCAAGUGACAUGUGGGCUCUUGGAGUUGUGCUGUUCACCAUGUUGUAUGGACAGUUUCCGUUUUAUGACAGCAUACCUCAGGAGCUGUUCCGGAAAAUUAAGGCAGCAGAGUACAUCAUCCCAGAGGAUGGUCGUGUUUCAGAGAACACUGUGUGUCUUAUCCGGAAACUCCUAGUCCUUGACCCACAGCAGAGGCAGACUGCAUCGGAGGUGCUGGAUUCUCUCAGUGGCAUUAUCGCAUCAUGGCAGUCGAUGUCUUCACUCAGUGGUCCACUGCAAGUAGUGCCGGAUAUUGAUGACCAAGCAAAUCCUUUAGAACAUCCACAAGAGGGAAAGCUGACAGAAGAGUCUUCACAGUACGAAUUUGAGAACUACAUGAGACAGCAGUUGAUGCUGGCAGAAGAAAAAAACACUAUUCAUGAAGCAAAGAACUUUAUGCCCAAGCGGCAGUUUGGCAACAUCCCGCCAGUGCGGCGACUUGGACAUGAUGCCCAGCCUGUGAGCCCUUUGGACGCUGCCCUCCUUGCUCAGCGAUAUUUGAGAAAGUAAGCCAUUGGCAUACAGCAGCAGCACAAGUGUGACUUUCUCUGUUCUCGGAUUCACAGAUGUACUGAAAAUCCAGAGCAGUACUCUGUUCUGCCAUACAGAAUUAUGUAGCAAUCCACCCCAGCUCUAUUGAGGAUUUGAUUCUGAUUCGAUGGUCACCUUUCAUUUUGUGAAAUACUAUACAGUAGAUCUGCCUUUGUAUUGACUUAUCUAGACUAAUUCUUUUUAAUUGUGACUUUAAAUCUACCUCUCCAUCUUUUAACAAUGACGCAGUCCCUCACUUCAGGAAUGGUGAAUCAGAACUGGUUGACAAAGCAUUAUCUUUGGUGCAUAUUGUAGUAUGGCAGGUUGGCUGGAAACAGUCUCUCCAUAUGAUCUGAAUAAGCUUACUCAUCUGUCUAAUUAAAGGUAGCAUUUUUGUUUCUGGUUUAUUGGCAAACCAUGUUUUAAAGAUUCUAUAGCGUAAAAAGAAAAAAAAACAAUGAAAAUUCUUACAUUUAUGACUUGCCAUACAUGUUUAAAUACAAAAUGCUGGUAUAUUAACAGGCAGCAGGCAGCUAUCUUCAAAUACAAAUGAUGAAGUGCAAGGAAUUAAACCGAAUCAUGCCAAGUUAAAGCUCCCAUUUGGUGGUUUAAAAGCCCUCUGAAAGGCUAUAGUUUAUUAAAUGUAUGUUUAUAUAUAUUUUCUAGUUCUAGAUUUAUUAGCCAAUGUGAAUUCUGAGUCUACCAUACUGGUAGCCUCUUUAAAUGCAUGUUUGCCAAGAGUAGUAUAACCAUUCAUUCAUUCAUUCAUUCAUUCAUUUUGUGAACUUAUUUUUCUUUUCUUUUUUUUAAUCUAUGUUUCAUUUGUUUUAAACAUGUUUUCCCUUGUAACACAUUUACAUCAGUUUUUGUUACCUGUAUGUAUCGUCAUGGUACAGAUCUAAUAAUAUAUAAAUGUGAAAACAAAAAUAGAUUGAUGCUAUUAGAUUAGACUGUGAAGUCUAAAGUACUUUACUGAUCUUUUUACCCGUAGUAUUUUAUUUUUUUUAUUCUUGGGCAUGGGACCCCACAGGCAUGGUCUGAAGUCGUUUCUUGGCAAUUGCCAACUAGCUUUGUCAAUCCCCUUUUUUUUAUUUAACAAAGGUAAGCGAUUAUUGCAAAACUUAUCCUACUGAAUAAAAAUAACAAUCAUUAAAAAGAAAAAAAUACAGCUUACCAGAAAAUCAUAUAUUAAAUCAUUUUAAGGAUUGCUGGGGUUGACUAAAGGUCCGCUGAUAGCUGACAGUCUUAACAAUUAUGCAUUUAGUAGUUAUAAAGUUAUAAUUCUAUCAGAGAGAACUUAAACUAAAAUGUGAGGCUGAUUGCAAGAAAAGACCUCUCCCCCCAAACAAAAAAAGUGUAUUUAUAUUCUUUUCUAAAGAAACAAAUGUGUGUUUUUUUGUGUUUUUUUUUGUUUUUUUUUAAAUAAACAAAAAACUAAAUUAAAUUAAAAAAAAAAAAAGAGAAUAAUAUUUAAAACAUAUAACCAGGUAACACUAUUAAAAUAUAUAGGUGUGUAGUGUUUAAAAAAGAAACUGUGGAGGAAAAUGUUUUUUUUUUGUGUUUGAAUUUUGAAUGCCUUUCUUGCCACUUUUAUGUAUCGUAUAGCUAGAAUGAACCCUCAUGCCUGAUGUGAUCUAGAGUCAUUUCAGCCUUUUCGGGUCUUUAAUGGAGAGUCUUAAUGCCAACGCAACAGCCCUUGAGUCUGUCAUUACGAUUGCUCCGAGACUUCCACACACUCCUUGCUGUAAUCCACACACACACACACACACACACACACAUUUGAAUAACAAUUUAGAAAACCCCUUACCUCAUAAACUUGGACAUUUAAAAUGUUUUCAUGCAAAAUGCUAAUGCUUUGUAAGCUCAGAUGAUUUUAUUUUAUUUUUUAAAUAAUUAAUACAGAAGAUCACAUGUAACAUACUUUGCAAUUUAAGAGCCAGAAAUGUUGAUUUAUACAUGUAAAAACUGACUAAACUGAUCCAUUUGGUAUAGCCUACAUAAUGUUAAAACCAUCAGUAGUGUAUAUUCUUGUUUUAUAUAUAUAUAUAUAUAUAUAUAUAUAUAUAUAUAUAUAUAUAUAUAUAUAUAUAUAUAUAUAUAUAUAUAAUAGAAUAUGUGUGUGUGUGUUUUAUACAGUCAAAGUAUCAAGUGAAAAAACCCAGCAAUAUAGAUUAUUUUAUUCAAUGCUGUUGACAGCUGAGCUCUGUUGGCCUUAGUUCACAGUGAACGAUGCCUAGGUUAAAUCACAUGUCUGAAUCAUGGCAAAAACUUGUUUGUUUUUGGAGUAAACAUAUUUUGAUGAAACCAUAACAAGAUACAACAACACUGUAAAGUUGUGCCACAAAAUAAUGGUUGAAUUAAGCUAUACAGAAUACGGGAUUGAAUUUCUGAAUAAAGAUAUUUCUAUUUCAAGCAUUUUUUUAAAUACAUUUUAUGUUUCACUGAUGGUUACCAAAGCAGCGCGACAGCUGUUAAAAUAUAUUUGCCAUUAUUUUGCAAUUUAAAAAAAUUGUCCGUAUGUUUUCAAAAUGUAGAUUUUCUGAGUGAUUUGCCACAAACUUUUGUGCUUUUUAAAAUAUGCAGUAUACCAUGUCUUACUUCGAAAUCUGCAUUUUAGUGGUAUUUUAAUACAUCAGUUAGUCCAAGUGGUAUGUUUAAACAAUAAAUUAAUAAAUACACCUAAAAGAAAUAAACUUAACAGAAAUCAGGUGAAGGAGUGCUGCUAUUGUGGCAUUGUAGCAUCUUUCACAGCAUGAAACCUGGCAUUUGUGUUGAAUUCAGUGUAAGAUAGGGGUUUAGCAUGUUAUUGACUCACAAGACACACUAAAGGAAGUGUCUCCAAAAAUGAACCAUAGUAUUGGAUAAAUGUUAUAAAAGUAUUUUUUAGGAAUGUUCUAAAAACAGCUGUGUGUUGUUUUUAACUGGAAAAGCGAUAGUGGUGCAGGAUCAAUUAAAAAAAAAAAAUUAAAGUAAUUAUAAAAAGAAAUUGUGUUUUAGAGCUGCUUGGUUAUAUGUCUAAACAAGGAGUAAUCAUUGUAAAAAAAUAAAUAAAUACAAGAAUCAAAUUUGUAUAAAAGACAUAUUUUUGUACUUCAUCAAAUCUUUACAUGCAUGUCUGCAAUAAAAAAAAAUAUGGUAGAGAAA